UUCGCAACGAUCCACUCAGACCGGAUAUCAGAAUCUACUCUGAUUUUUGCGUCGAUCGUAAGUACAAAAACCAGCCGAGUUCAAUGUCGCACAUGCUGACACUUCCUCCAUAGAUACCUGCAAGUUCUGUGUACUUGGCUUAGAAAUGUGCAAUCGUCCCAAGGACCCUCAGCAUCGUUUCUGCAGUGAUCAUCGGAGAUGCGGAGUGGUGGGCUGCGUUCGGACCGGAGAUUGCCCCUCGGGCGUGCCUCUCCCGUGGAUGUGUCCGGACCACAAAUGCUUUGUCGAGGAUUGCUACAAGACUAGAGACAAGCUAUUCGGCUACUGCCUCGACCAUCGAUGCCGAGUGGGAAGCUGCUUCGAACGACGUAUACUCAACUCCGAGUUCUGUGUCGACCACCACUCGCGAGUUUGCCGAGAGCUGAAUUGCCGAGAGGUCAUAUACGCAGACCAUCGUUGCUUCAAUCAUCAACGCUGCAUCGUCAAGAAUUGCAAAUUCCACCGAUUCAGACGUCCAGAUGGCGGUCUCUGGGACUUUUGCGAAUACCACUAUGGCGAAUUCCGCUGUACAUACAAAGACUGCGACAAGCUGACGAUACCUGGCACUCGCUGUUGUGCAAUUCACAAGUGCACGUUCGAAGGAUGUGUCAACUUCCGGGACAACGAGCUCGAUAAGGAGAGAGUGUUCUGUCGAGACCACGGGUGCGGUGCAUCGAGGUGUUAUGCUGUCGCCGUCGCUAUCGACGGAGGCGGCUUUCGUCCAUUUUGCCGGAGGCACACUUGCACAAUAGCUGGUUGCAACGAGGUGUCUGAGUUUGGUGUUCACUGUCACAAGCAUCGAUGCCAUUGGAAGAGCUGUGAAAAGCCUUGCCUGAAGGAUGGAGAGUACUGCGGUGACCACGAAUGCAAGAGAGCCGGUUGUCACAAAAUUGCCAAACUGCAGUUCGGCUACUGCGGAGAUCAUUGCUGCAAGAUUGACGGCUGUAUCAACUACUGCGACGUAACUGCCGACAGGAUAUGCUACGAGCACUCGAGAGGCGACCUCUUCGAUCGCAUCAAACAUCUCGAAAAGAGAUUGCGAGAACGACAACACGAGCAUAUUCACGAGCAUCACGACCACCACCAUCCGCAUUUCGACGACACGCAGAUUCGGUAUGACAAGCUGAUCAGGGACUACGACGAGUGCCUCAUCAGAUUGAACGAAAGCCGAGAGGAGAUUCGCAUUUUGCGCAGCACCUUUAUAUCACCAGACGAGAACCGCAUCUGGCGAAAGGAUCUCGAAGAUCGAAAUGCUCGACUAUUGCUAGAUCUGGACAGGGAAUUGAAGAGAAGCGAGCACUGGGAGCGCAAAGCGAUCGAGUUCGGCCGGAGAAUCGACGAUCUCGAGGUUCUGUUAGCAGAGGAGCGACUCCGACAUCCAAAGUCGGAUGAAUACGUUAGACAAAUCGCGGAUCUUGUACGCAAAGUCGAAAUUCUCGAGGAUGAGUUGCGUAUCGAGCGCAACAACCAUCACAUUCACGCAGGACGACAGCACGAGAUCGAGAAGCUAGUCCGCACUAUCGAAGAGCUCGAGCGAAAGCUCAAGGGCGAUCACAUCAAGGUGGAUGAGCUUAUCAAAAAGGUCGAUCUCCUGCAGUCGAUACUCGCGGGCGAGAGAGAGCAAAAGGAUAUUCUUCUUGCUGAGCUUGCCAAGCGGGAUGAGUAUGAGAGGUUGAGGCGAGAUGAGCGCCGUCGACCUAGAAGAGGGAGCUGGGAAAGAAGAUCCCGCGACUCGCGGCCCUGGGGCAGUGUCUUCUGAGAAACGGGGACUGAACAUGGGAUCUUCCUUCAGGCACCAGACAUCUGGGUGACAGCCGCAUAAUGGGAGAUCUCCGAGGCGAGGGUGGAAGCGUACGAGACGAGGAUUAACAGAGUUUCCGGUGGCUUUAUGUGGGUUUCAGAGCGGGAGAGACGUUUAUUUGCAUUCGCCGUUGGUACAUUUGGAGUUUUCGGGAAAAGGACAUGCGAUACCCAAACUUGCCGCCUCAAAAGAACCGGCGAUAGUUAGUCAUAAAAAGAGUAAUAGAGACAGAUAAUCAAGUGG